CGCCGGGGAGGAAGGAAGGGAAGGGGAGCGGGCUGCGCUGUUGCCCUUUUAAGCGAGCGAGCGGGCGCCGAGGCCGGUACAAAGGGAGCUCCGCCGUGCCCCGCCGGCUGGGGCUGCCCCGGCCCCGCCAUCUUCCGCCCCGCAGGCGCGGCCGGGGCCAGGGUCGGGCCGGCUGAGUCGGCGGGAGGCGGCGGCAGCGCAGGCCCGGGCCCGGAGAUGAGGCCAGGAUGUCGGUGUCAGGGCUCAAGGCCGAGCUGAAGUUCCUCGAGUCCAUCUUCGACAAGGACCACGAGCGCUUCCGCAUCGUCUCCUGGAAGCUGGACGAGCUCCACUGCCAGUUUGUGCUCCUGCCGCCGCCGCCGGGCUCCAGCCCGCAGCCGCCGCCGCCGCUCACCAUCCACUGCAACAUCACGGAAUCUUACCCCUCUUCAUCACCAAUAUGGUUUGUAGAAUCAGAUGACCCAAACCUGACUUCAGUCUUAGAGCGUUUAGAAGAUAUUAAGAAGAGCAAUACUCUGCUUCUUCAGCAGCUGAAGCGAUUAAUAUGUGACCUCUGCAGAUUAUAUAAUCUUCCUCAGCAUCCAGAUGUUGAAAUGUUAGAUCAGCCAUUGCCAGCUGGACAGAAUGGAACAACAGAAGAAGUUACAUCAGAGGAGGAGGAAGAAGAUGACAUGGGUGAAGACAUUGAAGAUCUGGAUCACUAUGAUAUGAAGGAGGAGGAACCAGUUGAUGGGAAGAAAUCUGAGGAUGAAGGCAUUGAAAAAGAGAACCUUGCAAUCUUAGAAAAAAUCAGAAAAAAUCAAAGGCAAGAUCACUUAAAUGGUGCAGUCUCUGGGUCAGUUCAGGCUUCAGAUCGACUUAUGAAAGAACUCAGGGAUAUAUAUAGAUCACAGAGUUAUAAAACAGGGAUAUAUUCAGUGGAACUGGUAAAUGACAGCUUGUAUGAAUGGCAUGUUAAGCUUCUCAAGGUUGAUCCUGAUAGCCCACUGCAUAGUGAUCUUCAGGUCUUAAAAGAAAAAGAAGGUGUAGAAUACAUUUUACUCAACUUCUCUUUUAAGGAUAACUUCCCUUUUGAUCCUCCCUUUGUGCGAGUGGUGUCUCCUGUGCUCACGGGAGGGUAUGUCCUAGGUGGAGGUGCAUUAUGCAUGGAACUUCUUACUAAACAGGGCUGGAGCAGUGCCUACUCAAUAGAAUCAGUCAUCAUGCAGAUCAAUGCCACUUUAGUCAAAGGAAAAGCCAGAGUACAGUUUGGAGCCAAUAAGAAUCAAUAUAAUCUAGCAAGAGCACAGCAGUCCUAUAAGUCACUAGUACAAAUACAUGAGAAAAAUGGCUGGUACACUCCUCCAAAAGAAGAUGGCUAACGCUGAGGACUGUUGUAUACCUGGACCAAUGUCAACAAAACAAGCUCUUUUUUAUGUUUUCCAACACACAGACUCAAGCUAUGAGUGCCCCUAUAACAGCUGUACUGAGGACUUUAGCUAUUAGAUAAGUUAGUGGAUAAUCUGUCAACUGACACGUACAGUAUAAGUUACAGCCUUACCAUUCCGCUCUUCUUAGGCAUCUGGACUGAGCAGUUUGGGCCUUUACCAUAUUUGUUCUUAUGGAUUAAGCAGAUUUGGGCCACGCCCUCCCUUCUCCCUUUUUUUAUUUGAAAGCAUAAACUCUCCCUGCAGCAGGCUAUCAACUUACUAAAGAUCAUACAAUAGGAGUGAGUUGUUCACACACUUCUGUGUAUUUCUUACUUUUUGCAAAAUGCAAACUGCAGAGACUUGCAUUGUAUUGUUUCAUUUAAAGCCAAGAAGUUUAAUACAUUGUUUAAUACUGUUUUAGGAAAUGUCAGGUCUUGCAAAUCACAGUAGUUUUUCUGGUCUAAAAUGACAGCGUUUGUAGUAUUUUCCAAAUUAAUGAUAUAGGAAAAACACAUGUAUGUUAAGUCAUUAAACAUUUUUCAUGGCUGUAUGAGAAUAUGAACUGUUUAUUGGAAAACAUGCUCUUUGUUUAGAUUAUUUUAAUUUUUUUGUUUGGUUUUUUUCUUUUUUAUUUUGUUCUGGUUUUUUGUUUUUAUGCAGAGCAAGGCUGUGCCAAUAAAACCUUGUAACUAGUCACUUCCA